UGAGAGUGAAGCUGUUGAACCAACACUGCGCUCCUGCAGAGGAGGCUGCGCUCUGCGCUGCUCUAUCAGGAUCUACAGCUGAAAAAAAAGCCUUCAAAGUUUCAUACAAUCAUUUUUUAUUCUUUUUCUUUGUUUCAACCGCUGAGAGAUCCCGUUUUUCGUUUCCUUUCUUCUGUUUUUAGUUUUGUUUGUUUGUGCCAUGGACGUCCAGUUCUUCUUCCUCCUGGUUGCCACACUGCUGUCUUGCGCAGCCUCAGAGGACGGUGUAUCGGGGAAGAUCCUGGCCUUUGAUGGAGAAUCGGUCAUCCUGCCCUGCCUCAUAGACGUCAGCGGCGACUUCCCUACAGUGGAGUGGUCCAAGGAAGGUCUGGAUCGAGGCAUCGCCUUCCUGUACCGCGAUGGCUGUGAGACCCACGAGAUGAAGAAUCCGGUCUUCAGGUACAGAACAAACCUCUUCAUGAAUGAACUGAUGAGGGGAAACAUCUCGCUGAGGAUUUCCAGCCUGCGGCUCUCUGAUACAGGAACAUACAUCUGCAAGACCAUCCUGAAGAAAGCCCAGAAGGUCGUUAGGGUGGAGCUCUUUGUUGGAGCAGGUUCUGAGCCCAGACUCUCAGUUGUUCCAGCUUCCAGAGGAGGAGGAGGAGGAGGAGGAGGAGGAGGAGGAGGAGGAGUGACUCUGCAGUGUGAAGCAAACUGCUGGUUCCCGAAGCCUGAGGUAACAUUUCUAGACCAUCAGGGAAACAGCAUCGGAGCUGAAGACCCAAAGACCAAUCUGGAUUCCAGGGGAUGUUUCACCGUCACAAGGAGACUGACUGUGCAGGCUGACACCAACAGGAUCAUCUGCAGAGUUCAUCAGCCUCGGAUAAACCAAACGAGGGAAACAGAGAUUUACAUACCAGCUGACUGCAUGACGUCCUGCACUCUAACCACCAGCAUCGCUGUUGUAGUAACUGUAGUUGUAUGUGCAUUGACUGCCUUCUUAUGGAAGAAAUGUGGCAACUCCGUGUGCGGACGAAAAUUGCCACCGUCCGUCCCUCAUGACAAAGAUGAGAUCAUCCGCCAACUAACUGAAGAACUCAGUGACCUCCGAUCUAAGCAGAGUCCUGGUGUGUGCCAGCCUACGAUUGAUAACAGUCCUUCCAGAUCCUCACCAGACAUUUCAAAACCCAUUAACCAACAUUCACACGUGUUUCCCCAAGAGAACAACCAAAACCCAGCUGUCUCAAUCAGCAACAAAGAUUCAAAACCUGGAGUCUCAGUACAAAGUCCAGCACCGGGCCCCCCUGAGGCUACUCUUUUGACAGAUAAUCCUGCCGUGUCGCCCACUUCUUGUUUAGCCACAACUUCUGAUCAAAACCACGUUGGCCGUUCGCUGAGCCUGUCUCAGCCUCGUACGAACAGUGCCAGGCUCCAACGUAGGUACACCAUUGCAGCCACGUCUAACCGCUUCAGUGCUCUGGAGAAUCUAACUGAAGAUUCUGAGCCCUUGCUGUAAUGAGAACAGAGCAGAAAUGUGAUCAGGUGGAACUAAAAUCUGACGUGAACCACUUACAGCUGUAAGUUGGACGGGAGUUUGGUUGGUUUUUAUCCUAAAAAGUUGGCAUUACAGAUGUUUAGAAAAUGUUUGGUACCCAUAAGCCAUUAAAACUUGAGUGGUCAGGGGUUGAUAGCAAAGGUAUAUAUAAAUGAUAUCACGUUUUCACCAGUCUCUAUACACUUAAAUGGAUUCGGGUUUUUUUCUUUUUUCAAAUUAUGUUACUGUGAAUUUCUAUACUUAUUCUGCCUGUUAAGUGCAUAACGUUGAUUUCAAACAGAUCACAUGUAUGUUAAAGCACUUAUGAUUUGAUGGGUGGGGUUGUUUAUAGUUGUUCCUUUUAUUAAGUUGAUCCAUCAGCAUUCAUUGUUUUAGAAGUAAAUUCUACAUUAAAACUACAAAUGCAUAUGA